AUGUUCAGUGGAAGAAAAAAUAGAAAUGAUUUUGAUUUAUGGAGAACAGGCAGGAAUCUUGAUGAUGCUGUUAUUAUCUACGCUCAGCGUUUUCCGGAUAAAAUUCGAUCACGUACUUCAUUUCACCGUACAAUCAAGCAGGUUACUACAAACGGGAGUGUUCAACCGGAAAAAAGAGUUCGUCGAGCAACAGUCACAGGUGGAAAUAGUGAAAUUAAUGUAUUAGCAGCAAUGGCCGCUAAUCCUCAUGCAAGCACACGAGAAUUAUCUAGAGAUUGGGGAAUAUCCCAGAGCAGUCCUUUAGUUCUUUCUAACGACGGCCCUUUAAGGUUCUCUUUAUUUUUGGGAAUAGGAAAAAGUCAGAAAGAGGCAUGUCUGGCGAAUAUGGAGGCUGGGACAUCAUUACAAGCAAUUGGGCAAUUGGGCAUUUUAAAGACCAGCUUUCAGCCUAUUUCCCUCGUCAAAAAAAGUGGGCUUCUAUUGGACGACAUGGCCGAAAAGAAUCUUUAUUUCCACAAAAUAAACGCACUUUUGAGUGAAAAAUUUUCCGGAAGGCUAAUGUCGCCGAAUGGAGGCAUAAACUGGCAGCCCAGAUCGUGGGAUCUCACACCACCAGACCUUUCUCUUUAG